GUUUUGAACUCAAGGAAGAAGAUGCAUCCACCUUUGACUCUACAUAGGCACCCUUUAUGUGCUGAUAUAAUUGAAGAGUUUCAGAAGUGUCAUACAGACCACCCACUAGGGAAAUUCCUUGGACAAUGCACAGAUCUGAAAAUAAAGCUUGACCAGUGCUUCAGGCAGGAAAAAGCUAUAAAGAGGAAAGCAAAUUUUGAACAGAGCAAGAAGUUUAAGGAGAGGCUCCAGGCUUACAGGAAGGAAAUUGCUGACAUGCAAUCUUGACGGCUAUAAUAGGUUUGUUUUCAAGAUACUGUUGUGCAAUGUUUCAACACACUAAGGGAAAUUUAACGGCUGGAAUUUAUCGGAGAAAGAGUGGUGAAUAGAAUUGUCGUUCAUCUAUUUUGAUGUUUUUUUGGAUUUAAGUUUGUUAAAGUGAAAUAAGAUGUAUAGACACAAGAAUUGAUAAAUUACAGGAGCAACUUAUCAGACCAUUCAA